UUACCUAACUUUGACACAAACAAGCAGUGCUCAUAAGCAUGAAUUCUGCAGAAGGAAUCUGAGCUUGGUUGCUGGCCAUCAGUUGCAUGAGGAUAUCGCAGCCAACUGGAAAGUACUACUGGAAAACAAACACUGCAGAAGAAAUCCUGGGCUGAAGGCUCUGAAUAUCCCCAAAAUGUUCCUGCAAGUGUUUCUAGCCACUGGCUUGGUCCUUUGUGUAUCUGAUGUCUUAGGAGCAGAAGGAGAUGCCCAGACUAAUGGAGAGAACCUACUGAAGGAAAUCCAGGACAAGGUUAAUGACCUGUGGAUGAAUUUGCUCUACGCAUGGCCAUAUGAGGAACUGGUCACAUCCAACUGGACUGCUUAUGCCACUUGUGAAGUAAAGCCCAACCCCAAACUUGAUACAGGCAAACCACAGGUGAGAGGGCAGGUUUUGUUUCGGCAGACCUACCCAGAGAGAAAACUGGAGUUUAUUUUCUACCUGGAUGGCUUUCCCACAGGCACCAAUCUGUCUGGCAGAGCUAUUCACGUUCACCAGUUUGGUGAUCUCAGUGAUGGCUGCGACUCUGCUGGAGGACACUACAACCCUUUUAAAGUCAAUCACCCUCGCCAUCCUGGGGACUUUGGGAACUUCUACUCUAAAGAUGGCAAAAUUAGAAAAUACAAGUCCAACCUCAUGGCUACUCUCUUUGGCCCAUACACCAUUAUGGGAAGGUCUGUUGUGAUCCAUGAGCAGGAAGAUGACAUGGGGAAAGGAAACAACAAAGCCAGUUUAGAGAAUGGAAAUGCUGGCAAACGUCUGGCUUGCUGUGUCAUCGGAACAUGCGGCCCAAACUUGUGGGAAAAGAAGUUUCCUGAGGUUACAGAGAAGCGAAGGAAGAGGCUCACAAAAAGAGCACAGAGCAGCCAGGCCUAGGUGAAGACCAAAGAGGCAGGCAGCAGCUCACAAUAAAUUUCAUAUCUGCCAAGCUGGUUACUAAACAAUAGAAAGGGUUUCUGCUUCUCUUAGAAAGCAUAAGAUAUGCCUCUUGCUCUAUUAUCAUUCUCCAUUCUGUAAGCAGAUUAAUAAUAAAAAGUAGCAGCACAUUCUUUCAAAGUUCAUAUUUGGCUUUUUUUCAGCUUCAGAGUUUAGCCGUAACAUAGUAAGGAGGACUGUACUGUUUUGCUACUGAAAUCUUGAGUGAUCCUGCUUAUUUCAUAUUGUAAUCGCUUAAAAAAAUCUCAAACUCAAAAAAGCAAGAGGAACAAAAAGGUAAAAAUAAAUGGAAUGUAUUCAACUAA